CUGGGCGGGUCCGCGGCAGAGUUCCAGGGCCGGACAAUCAGACUGCUGCUCGGCAGUGAAAAGCGCGUAUAGAGUAUGAAGUACAUAUACAAUAUUGUUUUUCUUUUUUAAAUUCCCCUUCAUGGGUCCCCUUUGAGCUCUAUGCAACAAUGUACAGACUGCGCCCCCCUCUUCUUCAAGCACUAAAAGAAUAGAAUGGGGAGGGGGACUUCUUUUACUUAACCACAUUUAAUCGCUUUGUUUCGGCUAUUGUAUUAUUCUUCGGAGGCCUUUAAUAGCUUCAGGGAAGGAGGCGCCUGAUACAGUUGGAUUUGCAUUGAUGUCAAGGAGACACAGAGCCACUCUGUGACAGCACCGCCGCCGCUUUAAUAACAGCAGUUGCGGCGGCAGUAAGGGGGCGAGACAGAUUUCCUUCCUUCUUUCGCGAACGGAGAAGCGGUUCCUUCUUUUUGGCGCAGCCUCGCGGUGAGGAGCUAAAGGGUCAGACCACCGCAGGGUCGGCGCAGUCCUCUGCUAGUGGAAUCUAGGCUACUGGACCAGUUUGGCGGCGGUCCCUCGGCUCCCCAAAGCGCAGAGGCAGGAUCAGAUUCCUCCUCUUCUGAAUUGGCAAGUCGCGCUCAGCCAACAUGGAUCCUGGCUCCAAGAGGUCCGCGGCAGAGGAAGGGAGUCCGCUGCAGCCCCAGGAAGAAGAAGUGGACCCCAGGAUUCAAGGAGAACUAGAAAAGUUGAAUCAAUCUACAGACGAUAUCAAUCGGAGAGAAAUGGAGCUUGAGGACGCACGUCAGAAAUUCCGGUCAAUUCUGGUGGAAGCUACAAUAAAACUCGAUGAACUUGUGAAGAAGAUUGGAAAAUCUGUAGAAGAUUCAAAGCCUUACUGGGAAGCCCGAAGGGUUGCAAGGAAGCUGGGAAAAACCAUGGAUGCUGAAAAGAAAUGA